AUGACACCUUACGAGUUAGCUAGAGAACGCCUACAUGUUUCUGCUGUACCUAAUUCUUUACCUUGCCGUGAAGACCAGUUUUUAGAAAUUUUGGGAUAUGUAGAAGGUGCAAUCCGCGAAAGUACAGGUACCUGCGUUUACAUCUCAGGUGUGCCCGGAACCGGAAAAACAGCCACUGUGUUGGAAGUGAUACGUUAUCUUCAACAUCAAGCGGAAGAAAAAGAACUCCCAGCUUUUGAUUUUGUGGAGAUCAAUGGUAUGAAAUUGGCAGAUCCAAAUCAAUCGUAUAGCAUUUUAUGGGAAUGUAUGGAUAAGACAAAUCAAGAAGAAAGCGGCGGUAAAAAGAAGAAGUAUACGGCACAACACGCGUUGCAAAUGCUUCAAUCGAAAUUCGCGAACUCUAACGAGGAUAAACGGACAACUGUAGUAUUAAUGGAUGAAUUAGAUCUGCUGGUAACAAAAAAGCAAACUGUCAUGUACAACUUUUUCGAUUGGCCAAGUAGACCAUUAUCUAAACUUAUUGUUGUUGCAAUUGCCAACACUAUGGAUUUACCGGAACGGAUUGCUACCAACAAAAUUGCUAGUAGAAUGGGUUUAGCUCGUAUCAAUUUUCAACCUUAUAAGUUCGAUCAACUUAUCCAAAUUGUUCAGUCACGGUUGGAAGGCAUUGAUGCCUUUGCCAAAGAAGCUGUUGAAUUUGCAGCGCGUAAAGUUAGCGCUGUCAGUGGUGAUGCUCGACGUGCGUUGGAUAUUUGUCGAAGAGCUGUGGAGAUCGUUGAAAGCAGACUCGCUGCAAAGGAGAAAGGCAUACCGGCACCAGACAAAGUGACUAUUGCUAUUGUUGAUGAGGCUGUGAGGGAAAUGUUUUCUUCACCUUCGAUAGCUUUCGUUCGAUCUUGUUCAUUGCAUCAAAAGAUUUUCUUGGUGGCUUGUAUGCAAACUUUCCGAGAAAUAGGGUUGAAAGAGAUUGAAUUCGGGGACGUGGCUCAUCAUCAUAUUGAAAUAUGUAAAUGGCAUAACUUAGAGCCGCCGAAUACAAGUGAUCUGAUGCGCAUAUGUGAAUCACUUGGCCAAACAAGAGCCAUUUUGAUGGAAGGCGGGAGGAUGGAUAUAGCAAUGAGAUUGGCACUCAAUCUCGCAGAAGAAGAUGUGGUUAUGGCUUGUAAAGCCGAUAAAUUAAUUAAUCGAUUAUUAGAAAGUAUCAAUAUUGGUACUCAUUAG